AUGAAGGUCAUUAUUACCGGAUCGACUGGUCUCGUAGGAAGUGCCGUUAUUCGCGAAGCCAUCGCGAAUGACGGCAUCACACACGCGUUUGUCCUCUCGAGAAAGGAUCUGCCCAAGGAGAUUAGCGACAAUGCCAAGGUCACCGUAAUUCCUCACGCCGACUUCUCCAAGUACCCGGAAGAUCUGCUCACUCAGCUUGCCGGGUGUGAGGCUUGCAUUUGGGCUAUUGGCGGACGCGCUCCCCAUUUCCCCGAUCUCGACACGUUCCGCAAGGUGUCUGUUGACUUCACCCUCGCCGCUGCUCGCGCGUUCAAGCAGCGUCUCGCGCCGGCAUUGGCAGACAAUCAGCGGUUUCGGUUCGUCUUCUGCAGCGGCAUGUUGGCGGAAUGGGAUCAACAAAAGUCCCUCCUGUUCAUGGCCGAUUCUCGACAUGUCAAGGGUCAAGUUGAAAAAGGAUUGUGUGAUCUUGCGGAUAAAGACGGUCGAUUCGAUGUCUUUUGCCCCCGACCGAGCGGCGUACUGCCUUCAAAUGUCAGCACGCUGGGAAAGCUCACAGGCAAACUUUAUGGCGCGAUCCAGGUCCAGGACCUUGCCAAAGCUUUGGUUUACAUUGCGCUCAACGGAGCGGAGAAGCAGAUUAUCGAAGCUGGCGAGUUGACGUCUUUGCAUAAAUAA